UUACAGCAAUUUUUGGCCCCAAACCUAUAAAAGUCAGCCUUGUCUGUUUCUUCAUUAAAUUGAGUUAUUAAAAGUAUAGUUGGACAUGGGUUUGUUAAGAAAGCUUACGGUUGUUGGUGUCCCCAUUGCCGGGUACCUUAUUGUUGAUCAGCAAUUGAGUCAAAUAUAUCCAAACAUCCCGGUUGAAAAAUUACCCCUGAAUACUUCAAUUAAAAAGUAUUUAAAACCAAAUGAAAAUAAGUAUAUAGCUUACUGUGAUACUUUCAAGAAAACCGUCGAGGCCGAUUCGAUCGACAAGUUGAAUGAACAAUUUUUGUCGUAUCGUGCUCUUCAGUCCUUAGUGAAAGAGAAUGCAGAUGUUGAUGAUAAUUCGACCUGGCAAUCUCAGACUAUUACCCAAUCAACUGGUUGGAGAGGUAAGUAUAGGGAUACGUUACUUUGGUGGCAAUGGAAUAAUAAGAAGAACGUUGUAUCUAAUUUCGAGAAGUUGGCUAGCUGGGGGUAUCCUUGGAGAAUGAUGAAUGGUGGCUACCAUGAGCUUUACAUUGAACCAACUGAUAAGGACAAGACGUUUGAUGUAUACUUCACUUGUGCUCAUGAAUAUAACGAUUUGAAAGACGGCAAGGUCAUUCCUGAAUGGGUACAGAAUCUUCAUAGAUUCUACGGGAGAAUGAUUUUACAUUUAGCCACCAAAUAAAUAAUAUGAAUGUUUUAUUAUUAAAAUCUAUAUACAAGAAAUAUGAGCUAUUAAUAGGAUGAGAUAUUUCUAACUUUAUCAGUGAAUGGGAAACCAAAUGCGC